AUGGGUUUCUUCGAGAACUCGCUGGCCGUGGUCUGGCGCCGGUUGUACCUGCAGACUGUCAGGCGCCGCGCGAUCCUACUGGCUAUCGAGGUGGGCUUCGUCAUCGUCAGCUUCGCGGUCAUACUCAAGUACGACCAUGUUGACCCCAGCACGGUGAAAAAACUUGACAAGCGCCAAGAUGUAGCCUUGGCUCCCGAUGACCCCUUCUUCGGUGACGACGGUAGUGCGAUCACGGCACGCGAAUGGCAGGUCGUGUACGGACCCGAAACUAACUACACCCGCAAAAUUGUCGACGGCAUUGUGAAAGCACAAGGGCAUCCACGCCAACACAUCACGGACAACGGUAACGAGUUUCCCCGACCGUCCAACGGCAGUGACGUCGGUCGCUCGCGGCGCAUAUACCGGCGCCUCGUCGUGGGUGAAGGCACACGAGCUCCCCCCCCUGACGCCGUCGAAGAUGCGCACGAUGUUCCCGAGUCAUGCUUGCAGGCCAUCGUUGACAGACACUGGAGUGGCUUGGGCGGCUAUAGUACCGGUAGAUUACCGGCUUACGAUAUCGCGUGCGUGCAGUUUUGGAACUCGGAGCAAGAGAGGGUGAAUGGAAGCCUGUCCUACAGUCUCGUCUAUUACAUGCCCCCCGAGGAGCUGCCGCCAGAGACGUCGCCGCUGGACGUGGCCAGUUACCUGGCCGGCUACACGGCAGAGGGACCGGUCGUCAACGACACCCGACGACGAUUCAUAGACCUGAUUUUGGCUGCGCAGACCACAAUUGACGAGGUGCACAUGAACAUACAAGGCGAGACUAGAAGGGCUGCUCGUGAGCCAGCGGUAAUGGUCACCUACCGUUCAAUGCCCAUGAAGCCGCCUUUCCUGGACGUGCCCCGCUACCGGAACGGAUUCUUCUUUGCGCUGUCUCUAGCGUUCUGCCUGCCGCUGGUGUGGAGGAUCAGCGAGAUCACCAACGAGAUGGAGUCGGGUCUCAAGGAGCACCAGAGGCUCAUGGGCCUGACGUCGGCACAAUUCUGGACGGGCCACUUUCUCUCUGCGUUCAUGGUGGCCCUCCUGGAAGGAAUCUGCACCAUGCUCGUCAUCUACUUCAGCGUCGAAGACUUCCCCCCACCCGCGGGUUUGAACCCGAAGCAGCCGAGGUACGCCUGGAUCGCCUUCCAGGCCGAGGAUAACGACGACCCGGAGCAGAAUGACCAGGACAAACCGGCGCGGUACAAGGCCGUUAGCCUGGACUUCCUGGACGUACCCUACGUACAGCACGCGGACGUGAUGCUGCUUCUCGUCAACCUCCUGAUUUUCCACGUGUCGCACACGACGCUCGCAGUGCUCGUCGCAUGCGUGGUUCCCGUCGGACGAUGGGCGAUGCUGUUGGGGUUUGGGGUGUAUUUCAUCCUGCCCAUUUGCGACGCCGACAACUUCAGCUUCCUGUCGGACGUGCCGUUGAGCGACUACCUGGUGGAAGACCGAUUUAGCAAGCUGCGAAAGUGCAUCUACCCAAACUAUGCCAUGGCUACCGUGAUGAAGAUCAUUUGCAUCUUUGCCGAUUUUGAAUUGGACGCUGGCUGGAGCGUGGUCGACCAGUUCGCGCUGGGCUGCGACAGCGUUACCAUAAUCGAGGUGUGGGCAGUGAUGGGGCUCGUGAUCCUGGCUGCUGCCGUCCUCAUUUGGUACCUGUCGCACGUGCUACCUUGGACCAACGCCUCGCCCGAGAAAAUAUACUUCCCACUGCUGCCGAGCUACUGGUGUCCACAUCCAUACAACAUGUGCUCGGUGACGAAAGGGGAGCCACUUAACGCUGAUCGCUUCGAAGCCCUGCCGACGACACCGGCUGUCGUGGAGUGCAAGAACUUGGUCAAGAAUUUCGGUGGCCUGGCCGCACUGGACGGAGUCAACCUGUCGGUUCACAAGCAUCUCGUGACUGUCUUGCUGGGGCACAACGGAGCCGGAAAGACUACGCUCAUGAGCAUACUAACAGGAUUGGUUCAGCCGAGCGGAGGUUCAGCAACAGUCGCUGGCUGGGACAUCAACACCGAGGCUGCACGACGUGAAGUUGGCUUUUGUCCUCAGAAAGACAUCUUCUUCGACGACUUGACUGUCGAAGAGCACUUGGAGUACUUCGCGGUGCUAAGAGGUGUGGACGAUCCUUCCAAGCGAGUGGAGACUCUACUAAAAACUCUGCGGCUGACGGACAAGGCCUCGCAAUAUCCAGCGGAACUGUCCGGAGGCCAAAGGCGGAAGCUGAGCGUUGCGGUGGCGCUUGUGUCGUCACCACAGUUGCUCAUUCUCGACGAGCCCACAUCAGCCAUGGAUCCUGAGACGAGGCGAUACUUCUGGAAACUCAUUGGACGCUUCAGGGGACAAAGGACUGUGCUCAUCUCGACGCACGACAUGGAGGAGGCGGAUGCACUUGGCGACAGGAUCGUCAUCAUGCACAGCGGAAAGGUCAUCUGCAGCGGUUCGACCAACUUCCUAAAGAUUGCCUGCGGAGUGGGCUACAAGCUCAACGUUGGCAAGGCUCGACAGGGCUUUCAUAUCGACAGCCUCAUGCAGCUCGUGCGUCAGACGGCGCCUCUUGCAGCAGUGGAGGACGAGCGCAUCGGUGACGUAACCAUCGCCCUGCACACCUUCAACUGCGCCGGAUUCGAGAACAUGUUCCGCCAGUUAGAGCACGGCGCCCGCAGGCUGGGAAUCACGGGCGUCGGUGUCACCGUCUCAACCAUGACGGACGCCUAUCUGAAAAUAAGCAAUGACUAUGCCGCGGAACAGAAGCGCCUGAGAAAAGAGAAAGAAAAAAAAGGGGCCAGUAAGCCGCAAACACCAACGUCUCCGAAAGGUGAUGCUAACGUGCCGGCGUCCCCUAGCAGACCGACUUCUCCAGCUGAUGUACCGACCCCUGGAGUGCCACCUGUACGAGGAGUGCCACCUGUGCCAGCGGCGCCACCUGCACUAGCUGUUCCACCUGUAGUAGAGCUUCCACCUGUAGUAGCAGUGCAACCUGCAGUACUAGCAGUAGCACCUAUACCAGCGUCAGGCGCUGCCUGCCUCGGCACUGUGGCCAAGCUGCCUGUUCCCGCAGCCGCUGCUGGAAUCGCUGGCAAGCCGAUCGUGCAAUCACCGCUCAAACCGGGCGGCAACCAGGGCGCUGCAGCCAAGAAGCCGGAUCCCGAGCCUCCAGCCGCGAUUCCUGGAUCGCCCCCUAAGGUCGCUAAGAAGACCGGGCCGAAGUUUACCCUGAGUCCAGACGACUUUCAGAAAUUCCACGCCCUGCUUUCCAAGCGCUGGUGCUACUUGGGCCGAACGCGUUUCCUGUUCUUCACCGGCUGGCUACUUCCGAUCGCGAUAGCCUACGUGGCCACCACCACACUGACGGCACAGCGGGUGGAGGAUGUCGGGGAGCAGCAGCCACGCAACAUCGUCCUCACUGCCACCGCGCAAUUCGGUGACGACGUGCGCGCCUUUCUGAGCGAGCCGAAGGAGACGAAUGCGUCGAGCGACUACCGGCUGCUCAUGUACAACCAGGGCGUCGCCAUAGAUGCUCUCGAGGACCCAAUGGAAGAGCUGCUUGGUGCCCUGGAAGAUAACUACCUCGAGUACGCUACUGCCUAUCCUUUUGGAGCCAUUAUCAACUCUUCGACCCUUACUGAAGCCUGGUACAACCCCACAAGCAUGAUGAGCCUGCCUGUGCUGAACAACCUGAUGCACACCAUUCAGCUGAGGACCACAUCCGGCCGGCGCGAUCAGCGCAUCAGCACCGAGCUUAAGCUUUACGCGUUGCCCAACGAAGUGCUGAGAACUACGGCUGCGCGCCGUCGCCACGAGGAGGCCCUGGGGCAGCUGCAGCUCGCCGUGCAGCAGGCGUGGAUCUAUUGGGGCUGCAUGGCCACAGUUAGCAUGGGCCUGAUCAUAUCCUCGUUCGUGGUGUUCCCCGCAGCCGAAAACCACAGCGGGGCUCGCGGUCUGCAACUCAUGACGGGCGUUUCGGGCUGUACCUUUAUGUCGGCGCACUUCCUGUUCGACCUCGCCUUCUACCUGGUCCCCAUGGCUGUCAUUUACGGAGUGUUCGCGUUCAUUCAGCACCUACGCUUUGAGACCAUAGUGGCUCUCGCUGCAAUCGUGCUGUCGUUCGCUCCGAGCGGCAUAAUGCUGCCUUACUUGGUGACGGAGCACAUAGAAUCCGAGGGGACUGCGUACUCCAUCGUAGUCGGCCUAUUCGCUGUAGGAGGGCCUGCGGUCUUCCUGUUCUACAUGACUAGUUUGCCGGCGCUGAACAGCCAGGUGUUGCGCGUGCCUCUGCUCUUCCUUCCGCCCUUCUUGCUCGGCGCCACCACGAUACAGGCUGUGAGCCUCGACUACGAAGCGAACAUGUGCGAGCUGUUACGCCUGCGACCGAAGCUGGACGACUUGAUCAUCGGCGUGUGCGACGACAUGCGCCUGCUCGGAUCGGGCAUCGUCCACUGCUGUAAAAUGUUGGCGGCUCGCCAGGACGCCAAAGAAGAACCGUGGUCGAUGAUCGGGCCCUUCUCCUGGUCAUGGUACAGCAUCGUCGGCGAGCUGCUGCUCAUGCUGCUACUGGGCGCAGUGCUGUUCUACAUCGCCUCGCGUGGCGUGUCAGGAGAGUUCGGCUACGAGAACAAACUACAAGACCUGCACACGCCCGCGCUGGACGACGACGUGGACGCGGAGAAGAAACUGGUGAACACCGUGUGCCGGGAGAAGCGCUUCGCAGAAUACGCGAUGGUGGCGCGCAACCUGCACAAGUUCUUUGACAAGUUCUACGCGGUGCGCGGCAUCUACCUGGCCCUUAAUCCCGGCGAAUGUUUCGGCCUCGUGGGCGUCAACGGUGCCGGCAAGACGACCACCUUCCAGAUGCUGGCCGCUCUCAUCGAGAUGACCGACGGCAACGCGUACACGAAGACAUUGGUCCUGUCCAAGGCUCCUCGGCAGUGGCAAGCCCGCAUCGGCUACUGCCCUCAAAGCGACGCGCUUCUCGGCAAGUUGAAUGCGUUUGAGACGCUGUUCAUGUUCGGCCGACUACGCGGUGUACCGGAAAGACCACUGUCGGUAAUGGUUUCCCAACUAAUUGCCAUGGUCGACCUGUCGGAGCAUGCCUCCAAGCCCUGCGAGUACUACAGCGGAGGCAACAAACGCAAGCUGUCCAUUGCGGUGGCCGUGGUGGGCUUCCCUCCCAUCGUCCUCUUGGACGAGCCUUUCGCUGGCGUCGAUGUCGUCUCGCGCAACCACAUACGUCAGGCCCUCGUCAAGCUGAAGAACUCCACCAAAACAGCCUUCAUCUUAACAACUCACAACAUGGAGGAGUGCGAGGUGUCGUGCGACCGCAUCGGCAUCAUGGUCAAAGGUCAGAUGACCUGCCUCGGCCCGCUGCAGCACCUGAGGCAAAAGUUCGGUGGUGGUCUCACCCUGAAGUUCAGGCUGCCCGAUGGCUCGCCGGUCGACACCGAGCAACUGGACAAGGCUGUCCUUGAGGCGUUUCCAGGAGCGAAACGCUUGGACACUCAAGACCGCCUGCAGAAGGUGGCAGAGUACCGUCUGAAGGAGCGUCCAGCCUGGAGCACGCUGUUCCACAAGAUCGCUGCCCUGCGGAGGGCGUUCACCUUCGAGCACGUCAUCGCCGCAGACGCCAACCUGGAGCAGCUCUUGGUUACCUUCGCGCGCAAGGCUCGAGCAGAGGCCAAGCUCGAGCCGAAGGACGAGAACUGAGCUCGGUGGCGCUCUCACCACGCCGGGUCUACAAAUAUUUUUGGAGAAAUUGAACGUUUGCGCGUUGAACCCUGUUUCCGAGUAUUGGAUGAAAAAUAUUUCUCUGAACGUA